AUGGACACACCGACAGUCAUUUUUCAUUCGGAAAUUCCAACAGAUCAAUCGAUCUCAUCGUUAAUAUCAGGCAUCGUUCCUCCUCCGAAUAUAACUCUUUUUCUUCGCGUGGAAGAGCUAAUUAUAUGCAGAAACGUACCGAGGAGUGUUCAACGUGGACAUACUCAAGUUGCUCGACCACCCAAUUGUUUCAUGAUAUAUAGAAAAAACUGUCUUGCAGGAAGACGAAGGACAGUAAACGACGGCAGACCGUUCAACAUGAGUAGUUUUUCAAAAGAGAUAGCAGCUAAAUGGAAGACGGAGCCUCCUGAGGUUGUGAAUUUUUACACUCAAAUGGCAGAAAUUGUCAGGGGGAUUCAUAGUAAAGUCCACCCCCAUUACAAGUACACACCGAGAAAAGCGGUUAAGCGGAGGAAAGCCAAACAAGAUAUAAAAACAAAUGACAAAAUGACUGGGUCUUCACAACAACGAAAAAAACGUAAAAAAGAAGAGAACGUAGUAUCUGAAUUUCAAGUAGAGUUUUUCGUUCAUGAAACUAAUGGUGAUGAUAACGCUUCAAGUAAUAGUAAUGAUACAUACUAUGAUUGCGGUGAAGAACUACUCGAAUGCCCAGAAUCUAGUUCCUCCGCAGACGAGUUUAACCACUUGUUAAAUAAUAUGGAUUUACGCAGAAGCAGUGAUAGCGAGUCAGACGGGUAUUGA